CGCUGCUUCCAACCGCCCCAUUGCCCCCCUCGCAAACUCGCCGUCUCGUUAGGCACAACCCAACUACAUAUACAUACAUAUAUUCUAGCACAACAUACUGUAUCUUGGUGAGCUCCUCGGCUCCUCUUGCAUACCGUCGCAAACAUGUUCUGGCCAUUCGCCGCCUCAAACAAGCAGAAAUCGCCCGCUUCCUCACGCGAAGUCCUCGAAGACUCCUUCUCCCAAACAGCCGCCCCCUACUCCCCACCCCCCACUGCUGACCCACAACAAGGCCUGCCCCCGCUACCACCCUCCCCAGCCCCGGACGCCUCGCAGUCUUCCGUUGUAGAUAGUCCAUAUGACCCGCGUCGCCUGUCCGUCAUCACAGGCGAUCGCCGAAGCGCCCAGUUUACACGCGUGGGAGGAUCAUCCCUCUCCGCAGACGCUGGUGAUGUGACGACGGAUACGCCGCCGCGUUCAAGCGCACCUGGAGACCGCCCGCAAUCCGCUGUCGAGCAAUACCCGCCUUCUCUCUCGGGAUUCUUUUUGGAGAUGCUAGGCGUGUCCUCACCCGCUGUCGGCGAUAGCACCGGCGGCCCGCAGACACCUGCUUCUGCACACUCUCAGCAGAACGAUCUGUCGGAUGCGUUCAAUGAGUUUGAAGGGCUGGAGGAACCCGCGUUGAAGAAAGAAGAUGUGGACCGAAAUCCGGUGGAGGCGGCGUCAACUCCCGCGCGACCGAUAUCAGUCCCGUCACCAAAGAGCAGCAAACACAAACAACCCCCGAUCCUGAUACCCGCCUCAGUCACCAGAAUCUCCAGCUACCCACCCCCAACGGAACCGAUAACAAUCUCCCAAUCCGCCCCGCACGACUCGGCAAAAGACUCCAUUUCAACAAACACAUCACCGCCGCAGGACGAUAUCAUCACAGAUGUGCGGUUAUCCCUCGACUCGCUGCUCACGCGCGGGAAAUCCGCCCUCUCGGCUAUCUCUGCAGCCGUGUCGGCCUCCAAUGAGAGUGUCGGGGAACAGGAGACACCGAGUGUGCUGUCGCCGUUUGAUGUGUCUGCGAGACGCCCGGUGGUGUUGAAGGGACGGAAAGAGGAUACGGAGGUGGUCUUGGAGGAGAGUACCGCCGAGCAGAUCCGCCCCCACCUCCCCCCACUUCUCCGCGAAUCCUCCGCCUGGACACUCACCUACAGCAUGGAUCAGCACGGCAUCUCCCUCAACACCCUCUACACCCAAUGCGAAGGCAAAGGCCCCUCACUCCUAUGCAUCAAAGACAGCGCCGGCAACGUGUUUGGCGCGUUCGGGAGCGACGCGUUCGCGGUGCAGGCUGCCUAUUAUGGGACGGGGAGUUGCUUCCUGUGGAAGAAAACACACACUGGCACCGUCUCAGCCUUCCACGCAACCGGCAAAAACGAGUACCUCAUCCUCUCCGAACCGCAUUUCAUCGCUCUCGGCGGCGGGGAAGGCCAUUUCGGCCUCUGGAUCGACGACCAGCUGUACAACGGGCACUCGGGCCCGUGUCAGACGUUUGCGAAUGAGCGCUUGAGCGAGACGAGCGAGUUUGAGGUUGUUGGAUUGGAGGUUUGGGGGUUUCAGAUUUGAUGAAUGGGGAGGGGUAGGGGGUGAGGAGAGAAGGGUAGGUUUUUGGCUGUUUUUUUUUUUUUUGGAAAGGGGGAAGGAAGGAGGUCGCGCAGGCGCUUGAGAAGAAGUGGGAAUAGGAGGGUUGAUGUUGCAACAUGUUUUGCACGGCCCCUGCCGCGAAAACAUGGGAA